AAUAUUGUACAAAUUAUGAAAUCACGUAUAUUGAAAAUAAAAAGAUCGUGGUGUUUAACUUGUCAUAGUAAAACACAAACAAUUGGAUCAGAUUCCAGUGAUUUGGAAAAUGAAAAUGUUGAACCUCAGAAAAGUGAAAAUUCGGAAUACGAAAACUUCGUUUUUUCGGAAAAGAAUUUUAAUUACGACUUUUUGGUCAUUGGCGGAGGAUCUGGUGGUUUAGCAGCAGCAAAAGAGGCCGUUGAACUUGGAGCAAAAGUUGCAGUAUUAGAUUUUGUUACUCCGUCUCCGAAAGGAACUACAUGGGGUUUAGGUGGUACUUGCGUUAAUGUAGGAUGUAUACCAAAAAAAUUGAUGCAUCAAGCUGCAUUACUUGGCGAAGCUAUACAUGAAGCACAGUCUUUUGGGUGGCAAUUACCUGAUCCAAAAACUAUUAUAAACGAUUGGGAAGCUUUAAAAGUUGCCGUACAAAAUCAUGUUAAAUCAGUUAAUUGGGUAACACGAGUAGAAUUAAGAACAAAAAAGGUAGAUUAUAUUAACGCUUUGGGAUAUUUCAAAGAUGCUCAUACCAUAGUUGGUACAUUGAAAAAUGGAGAAGAAAAAAUUAUUACUGCAGAAAAUAUCUUAAUCGCAGUAGGCGGAAGGCCAAAGUAUCCUGAUAUUCCCGGUGCUUUAGAAUAUGGUAUUAGCAGUGAUGAUAUUUUCAGUUUAGAAAAAGCACCAGGAAAAACUCUUGUUGUUGGAGCGGGAUAUAUUGGAUUAGAGUGUGCAGGAUUUUUGAAUGGUUUAGGUUAUGAUACAACAGUGAUGGUACGUUCAAUUGUGCUUAGAGGAUUUGAUCAACAAAUGGUUCAAUUGGUAGCUGAGGAAAUGCAAAAUCGUGGCGUUCAUUUCAUUUAUCAAGCUAAGCCUAAAAAAGUUGAUAAACAAGCUGAUGGUCGUCUUCUAGUUGAUUGGGUUGAUAAUGAUGGAAAAGUUCAUCAAGAUGUUUAUGACACUGUUCUAUUUGCUAUCGGUCGCCAACCUCUUACAAAAGAAUUAAAACUUGAAAAUGCUGGAGUUAAAGUUAUUUCAGAGAAUGGAAAGAUUGAUGCAGAAAAUGAGCAAACGAACGUACCGAAUAUCUAUGCAGUCGGUGACGUGCUUUAUAGAAAGCCUGAAUUAACACCCGUUGCUAUACAUGCGGGAAAACUAUUAGCUAAAAGAUUGUUUGCUAAUUCGAAGGAAAAAAUGGAUUAUGCAAACGUAGCUACGACUAUAUUCACUCCUUUAGAAUAUGGUUCUGUUGGACUUAGUGAAGAAGAUGCUGUAUCUAAGUAUGGAGCAGAUGAAAUAGAAAUUUAUCACGCGUAUUAUAAGCCUACAGAAUUUUUUUUGCCUCAGAAAGAUGUUUCUCACUGUUAUGUUAAAGUCAUUGCAUUUAGAAAAGGUGAUCAGAGAAUUUUGGGCCUUCAUUUUAUUGGUCCGAAUGCUGGUGAGGUAAUCCAAGGUUUUGCAGCAGCUAUUAAAAGCAACAUAACAUUCCCGAUACUUAAAUCUACAGUUGGUAUUCAUCCAACCAAUGCUGAGGAAUUUACACGCAUACAUAUUACUAAACGUUCAGGAUUAGAUCCCAAGCCACAAAGUUGUUGUAGUUAAAGUGAAUGCAGUCUUAAAAGACGUACUUUUGGAUGCACAUUUUGUUACUGUCAUUAAAUGAUGUAUAAUGACGAAUUUACAAUAUAUCUUUAAAGUGGCCAAUAAUAGGAUAUCUACUUAAAUAAUGGACAACUGAAUUAGAUUAACACUUGACGCAUUCUUGUUAUAUAAAUUGAUUUUAGAAAAAACAUAUUGUUAUUUUAUAUGAGCACGCAGGUACUCGAAUAUAUUGCAGUAUUUUACAUAAAAAGUUAUAAGAAAUGAAUUAAUAAAUUUAUAACUUACUUUAUACAAUAAAAAAAUAUCUAAUUAUA